CCAUUCCCCAACACACCACACCACACCACAAACUCGGACGACUCCCUCUCCCGUUCUUAAUUGAUGGCUCGAUCCCUUGCCUUGGUGGUGGUACUCGUGUUCAUCGCCCUCCUGGCAGGGUUCCAAGCCGACGCCGCAGUCACCUGUGGCCAAGUGGCCUCUGACCUGCGGCCGUGCAUUCCCUACGUGACCGGUCAGGUGUCGGCGCUGCCUCCAGCCUGCUGUAACGGGGUGAAGGGCCUGAAUAGCGCCGCGCAAACCACCGCCGACCGCCGUGCGGCGUGCAAUUGCAUCCGCUCACAGGCAUCUGGAAUCUCCGGCCUCCAGCCCAACCGCCUUUCCGGGCUCCCCGGCAGCUGCGGCGUCCACCUCCCAUUCCCCAUUAGUGCCUCCACUGAUUGCUCCAGUGUGAGCUGAUGGACGGGACCGUGUGGACCAGAUACUAGCCGAGUUAUAGAGAGAUGUAUCGAAUAAAAUGGGAGGUCGAGAUUUACACUUGUGAUACUCCCAUCGCCUCUAUAGCUUCGAUCGAUGCCGAGGCUUGUUAUCGUUCUAUAUAUCAUCGUGUUAUUACGUCUAUUGAGAUAUUCUAAUAUAUAUUUCUCGCUCA